AUAAAUGUCAAAUUUUGAUAAAAUGUCAAUGUCAAUAAUAUCUAAUUGUCAUUGUCAAAUUGAAAUCAAUCUCACACACUGAGGGAUUGCAGUGUUUUCUUAUUUGAGUUAUCUAAUCACUAGCAAUGGGACCUCUUAAAAAGAGUACGGGCCUUGUUGGCAUGGCAGUAGCGCCAAAUGCCCAUCACACACUUGGUUCUCUGUACGGCAAAAUUUUGAGAAUCCUACAAAAAAUGCCUGAAUCCGCUGGGUAUAGGAAACAUACUGAACCACUUAUUCGUGAGAGAGCUGCUGUGUUGACACAGACUAAAGAUGUGUAUGAAUUGGAAUCAAAAAUUAACUGUGGCCAAGCUGAGGAACUGAUUAUCCAGGCUGAAAAUGAAUUGAACUUGGCUAGAAAAAUGCUGAACUGGAAGCCAUGGGAACCACUUGUAUCUGUCCCUCCCAAAGGCCAAUGGGACUGGCCUCCUACCAAGUCCUAAACAUAAUUCAUAUUAGCAACUUUAUAAAGUAGUAAUAUAUUAAUGUGAAUAAACAUUUUCUUGCUUCAAAAUGUAGAUAACAGUACAUCAUAGUGAAGUUUACUUUAUUUAAGAAAUAUGAAACAGGAUACAAUUAAUAAAAAGCAAAUGAUAUAAA